AUGAACUUGAAAGUUUAUGGGAGAGGAGAAUUUGUUCUUAAAGAAAAGCUUAGGCUCUUAAAGGAAAAGUUGAAGGUGUGGAAUAAGGAGGUCUUCGGAAGGAAGGAAGCGACUACUCGAAUAUGGAGGAAUUUGAGAAUUAAAGAAAACAUGCUUCUUCAAAAAGCUAGAUUGAGGUGGGUAAAGGAAGGCGAUGCUAAUAACGGUUUUUUCCACAAGGUCAUGAAAGAAAAAAGAAGUUUUAAUCACUUAGGCCCUAUAGCUACGGCGAGGGGAAUGGCGGUUUCGGUGGAAGAAGUGAGGGAGGCGGUGUUUAAUCAUUUUAGAGAUAAAUUUGUAGAAUCGGAGGAGAAUAGACCGUUGUUGGAAGGUGGUGAAUUUAAGAGUAUAAGUGGGGAGAUGGCGGCAAACCUAGAAAAACCUUUUCUUGAAGAUGAAAUAAAGGAGGCGGUGUGGAGUUGUGGGGGUGAUAAAUGUUCGGGUCCGAAUGGAUAUUCGUUUCUUUUUAUUAAGAAAUGUUGGGAUUUCAUUAAAGACGAUUUUGUGUCUUUUUUCAAGUACUUUUAUUCCGGCAAUGUUAUUUCCAAGGCUAUUUCUUCUUCUUUUUUGUCUUUGAUUCCUAAGACUAGCAAUCCGCUAUCCUUGGAUGAUUAUAGACCCAUUUGCUUGGAAGGAAAGGAAAAGUUUUUGUUGUUUAAAGUCGACUUUGAGAAAGCAUGUGAUAAAGUUAGUUGGAGUUUUUUUAGAUAUAUGUUGAAGAGAAUGAGUUUUGGUAGGAGAUGGAUGGGUUGGAUGGAGAUGUUGGUUUUCAAUAGUAGUAUGUCGGUUCUUGUCAAUGGAAGCCCCACUAAGGAAUUUGGUGUGUUUAAGGGUUUGAGACAAGGUGAUCCUCUCUCAUCUUUUCUCUAUGUCUUGGUGGCGGAAGGUCUUUCGGGGUUGGUGAGGAAGUCUAAAGAAAUUGGGGAAUUUGGGAGUUUUUGCAUAAAGAGCUCUUGUUGGGUGGACAUUCUCCAAUUUACAGAUGACACUUUAUUAGUGGGGGAAGGGACUUGGAAGCAUGUCAAGGCGAUUAAGGGGGUGUUAAGGGCGUUUGAGAUUGCUUCGGGGCUUGGUAUUAAUUAUCAUAAAAGCAAAUUAAUUGGUAUUAAUACAAGGAGUUCUUUUUUGGAAGCCGCGACUCUUUUUCUUUCUUGUAAAGUGGAAGAAAGCAAUUUUUAUGUUCUUGGUAUACCUAUUGGUUUCGAUCCAAGGAAGGAAUUGACUUGGAAGCCUUUAGUGGUGAAGUUAAAAAAGCACCUUGGGAGUUGGAAGAAUCGGUUCCUUAAUUUGGGAGGUAGAAUCACACUUUUGAAGUCCAUCCUCACCUCGUUGACGAUUUUUACAAUGUCGUUUUACAAGAUGCCUUUGAAAAUUGUGAAAGAAGUUAAUAAGAUUCAAAAUAAUUUCUUACGGGGAGGUAUGGAGGAAAAGAGGAAGAUACAUUGGGUGAGUUGGAAGAAUGUUAUUCUUUCUUUUGACAAAGGGGGAAUCAGAGUAAAAAACAUUGUGGUUUUUAAUCAAGCUCUUCUUACAAAGUGGAGAUGGAGAAUUCUUCAAGGGCACGAUUCUCUUUGGUUAAGGGUGUUGAAGUCUCGGGAUAUUAUGAAAAUUGGAAGGAGUUUUUUUAGGGAUCCUAUUGUUGAAGGGUGUAGAUUUGAUGUGCAUAAUGGGUAUAAUACUCCUUUUUGGGAAGCAAAUUGGUGGGGAGGAAAUAUUUUGAAGGAUGUUUUUCCGGAGUUAUAUGAGGCUUUUAGUUUGAAAGGGGUGUCGGUGGCGAUUAUGGGUGGGUGGUUAGAGGGGAGAUGGAGAUGGGGGGAUUUUGGGGUAUCCAUGACUAUGGAGGCGGAGAGGGGUCUUUCGGAGAGAAUUUUAAGGUUGAAAGUGGUGUUGUCCGAGUUUGGCGAAGUGGGGGAAGGGAGAGAUGUUGUUUCUUGGAAUUUCAAUUCCGAUGGGGUUUUUUCGGUGGCAUCUUGUUACGAUUUUUUGGGAAUAGCUUUCAUUCCGCAAGGGCCUCCAAACAAGUAUAAUGAGGCUUAUGGGCUUGUGUAG